AUAUGUUGUGUGUGAUGCUUUUGUUUUAAUAAUGAUAAUUGAGCUCUACUGUGUUAUGUCACUCUCAGGAUCUGUCGUACAUGUACCAGAGAUGUCUUAAUAAUUGUUUGCUGUGGUGUCUUGACUCAAAUUAUCAAAGUGUUGUGAAAAAACUGCUAGUACAUAUGUCCAAAAACAGUAGACAUGCAAACCACAAAAUCAUGUUUUUAUGGUGUUAUUGUUUCUUUAUAAAGACAUUACCAGACUAGAAACCACUGGUCUUUAUGACACUACUUAAAGAUGGUGUUCUCCGUUUGGUAAACAGCUAUUAUCUUCACAAUACUAAAUGGCGGCCACAUCGGCAACCAUUAUCAGGGCCUCCUAUAGAGUCUUCCUAAACCCUGUUUAUCCUGUGUCCGACCACCAUUUAUUAGUCAUGGCCCAGAAAUAGUGCAGCAAAACACCUGCAACACUACAUCAGAUAACCAGAGAUGUUGUAAAAGUUGACUGAUUCAGCAGUUUACCGAUAAUUGUGUGGAAAUGAAAUCUGUGAUUCGGGUUCAGUCAGAUGAUUUUAUUUUUUUUGCAAAUCAACUCUUCUGGAAUAAAGACUGAUAAUUUCAAAACAUUAAAUGUAGCAUCCAGUUUUGUUUUCUGCAUUGAGAGGUAAAGUGACAUAAUGUUUCUAGCCUCUAAAUGAUCAUUAUGGUCUUUGUGAUGUGGCAAUUACCUUGUCUGUGAUCAUUCCUGUUGACAAAUCAAUGGCGCUAAACAUGUUAAAUCAUUGUGAAUGAAAGUAGUUUGUGUUCGUACAAGAUUUUGGAAAAUCAGACACAAUGUCCAUAAAUCAGACCACCAAACAAUCCUAGUUUCACCUGGAGAAAUUGGCCCACUAAUAGAUAAAAAAAAAAAAAAAAUGCAGCCUCGACAUUUGUGCCGAUGCCUUAAUAUUCAGUUUAAUUUACAAACAUUCAGACAUACAAACUUGCAAUUUCCAAACAGGUUUCCUUUAAUGGUUCACUAGAAACAAUGAUAGCAAUGUGUUUAUUGUCAUGAUGUUGCCAAAUUGUCAUGGUGGCCAUGCAGGUUUUGAUGGUAGAUGGUGGAAUGCAGAUAUGCCUGUUGAUGACAGUGAGAUUUACUGGGAUCAGGAACUGGACCAUUGUCACUUCCCUUUUAAGGUGACAGAAUAAAGCCGAUAAUAUCAAAUCAGCAUGAUAAAGUGAGUUGAACCUUAAAUUGCAACUUUCCCUGUGGGAUUUUUGACCUGCGGUGAAAGUCUACUUGCUCAUUACCGCCUUACUCUCUCUGUCUUACCUGUCCACUGUUCACUCAUCCUCCCUCUCCACCAUUCAUUCUCAAGCCCUCCACACGUCUCCUCCCUCCUUGCUGAGGUCAUAUAUAACCCAGCAAGGGUUUUCACUUCUCCUCAAGGACAUUCUACAGGUGUUGUCUCCAGCUUUGACGGACUGUUAUGACUGAGGAUAUCAAGAAGUUGAGGAGCGGCACUUUUUUUGUUUAAGGUCAAACAUCAGGUGUCAAUGUCAUCUGCUCCAAGCAAGCUCAACCAUUGGUGGAGCCAGCUGCGGUUUCGUCUUCAAAACAAGAAAGGAUGGAAGGAGAUGUUGGAUGAGACGUUUCUGCUCCACACAAAAUACAUAAACGAGGUUCCUCUCUUCUAUGAGGCUAAAAAGAACAAUGUCAAUUGCAUCAAAAAACUGCUGAGUUGUGCGUCCACUAAUAUCUUUGAGAGAGGGGCUCUUGGUGAGACAGCGCUUCAUGUUGCUGUGAUGGCUGAUAACCUGGAAGCUGCCGUGGCUCUGAUGGACGGAGCUCCUGAACUCAUCAACGAGCCUAUGACGUCUGAGCUCUUCCAAGGUGUUACUCCUCUCCACAUCGCUGUGGUGAAUCAGAACAUCAAUCUGGUUCAUCAUCUGAUCAGUCGUGGGGGUGACGUGGCUACACCUCGAGUCACUGGUCUGUACUUCAGGAAGAGGAUAGGAGGACUCCUAUACUACGGUGAACACAUCUUGUCUUUUGCUGCGUGUGCUGGGAACGAGGACAUUAUCUCCAUGGUGAUAGACGCAGGGGCCAGCACCAGGAGCCAGGAUUACCGUGGUAACACAGCGCUUCACAUUUUGGUUCUGCAGCCCAACAAGACGAUUGCGUGCCAGGCCAUUGACCUGAUUAUGGCACGCGAUGCAGAGCUGGACCAGUCAGUGCCACUCGACAGGGUACCCAACUACCGAGGCCUUACACCUUUUAAACUGGCUGCCAAAGAGGGAAACAUUGUGGCGUUUCAGCACCUGGUUAAUAAAAGGCGUGUAGUCCAGUGGAGUCUGGGCCCCCUGACCUCUAACCUGUAUGACCUGACAGAGAUAGAUUCAUGGGCCGACGACAUGUCAGUGCUGGAGCUCAUCGUGGGCGGUCACCAGAGAAAGGCAAGAAUGAUACUGGAAGUGACUCCUGUGAGGCAGCUGGUCAGUCUGAAGUGGAACCUCUAUGGAAAACAUUACUUCAGGCUGCUGCUGUUACUGUAUCUUCUGUACAUCGGGACCUUCACACUGUGUUGUGCAUUUCGCCCUCUAAAGGACGCUCCAGAGAACUACACACAGUCAGAAAUGGACAAAACCAUCCGGGUCCAGAAAACAUUUCAUGAGAGUUAUGUGACACAUGAGGACAACUUGCGGCUGGUGGGUGAGAUCAUCAGCAUCCUGGGAGCUUUUGUCAUCCUGUUGCUUGAGGUACGUUUAUGAAACAUACUUU